GGCUCCGGGAUUGGCUGCAGCCCGCUUGUCGGGAAGAAAGAGCUGUUGUGAAGGCUCCGAGUCACCGACUGGAUCCGGCCGGCGGCGGACGCCCUCCCUACCGAAGGCUGUGUUGCCACCCCCUUGUCACGGUGAUCUGGAGUACCGUCGCUUGGAGCUCCGCCGGCUCAAAGAGUCCCGGUCCAGUCGGGACCGCAAACGCCGCGGAGGAGGAGCAGCCGAAAGACCGAAGAGACCCCGAGCCGCGCGACUGUUCCGACCGACCGACGAGCCGCGCGCGCGCGGCCUGAGAGCCAUGAAUCUGCCCGCUGUGCAGCUGCUGCCAACAUAGAUGCCCGCUGACCUCCUGCUAGCAGCUUAGGAUGCUGGGAAUGUGUCGCGGACGCAGGAAGUUCCUGGCAGCCUUUCUCGCCCUGCUCUUCAUCCCAGCCCUCACCUGGCUCUACCUGUCAGCAGGGGCGUUUCAAGAGAAGCCCCUUCUCCUCUCUCCUCUGGAAGCUCAUUCAUCCUCGCCAUUGGGCAGAGUUGGCGAGCAGCAAGCCUUAGAGCUCAGGGUCCGUUUGGUGGAGGAGGAGAACCGGGCACUACGACACAAGCUGAGUCGCCCCCCCAAAGACCCUUACGCACAGCGGCCACAGGACGUCCGCGGGGGGAACCACAGCCGCACCCAUUCGGAGGAGGGAACAGGUGACAGCGAUGGGCAGAGGAACGCGGCGGCGGGGAACGCCUCUGACUGCGUCCAACAGCCGACUGUAGACAAGUGCGAGACCAUCCACGUGGCCAUCGUCUGCGCCGGGUACAACGCCAGCCGGGAUGUGGUGACGCUGGUCAAGUCUGUGCUCUUCCACAGAAAAAACCCGCUUCAUUUCCACUUCAUCACUGACUCGAUCGCUCAGAAGAUCCUGUCUGCACUCUUUCACACCUGGAUGGUCCCUGCGGUGCGAGUGGCCUUCUACGACGCUGACGAGCUGAAGUCGGAGGUAUCCUGGAUCCCCAACAAACAUUACUCGGGGAUCUACGGCCUGAUGAAGCUGGUCCUCACCAAGACGCUGCCCUCAGACCUGCAGAAGGUCAUCGUUCUGGACACGGACAUCACCUUCGCCACCGACAUCGCUGAGCUCUGGGCCGUCUUCCACAAGUUCAAAGGUCAGCAGGUUCUGGGUCUGGUGGAGAACCAGAGUGACUGGUACCUGGGGAACCUGUGGAAGAACCAUCGGCCCUGGCCCGCUCUGGGCAGAGGCUUCAACACGGGGGUCAUCCUGCUGCUCCUGGAUCGUCUGAGGAAGCUGCGCUGGGAACAGAUGUGGCGUCUGACGGCAGAGAGGGAGCUGAUGGGAAUGCUGUCCACCUCACUGGCAGACCAGGACAUCUUUAACGCUGUCAUCAAGCAAAACCCCUUCCUGGUGCACCAGCUGCCCUGCUUCUGGAACGUCCAGCUGUCAGACCACACCCGCUCCGAGAAAUGCUACAAAGACGUGUCCGACCUGAAGGUGAUCCACUGGAACUCCCCGAAGAAGCUGCGAGUGAAGAACAAACACGUGGAGUUCUUCAGGAACCUAUACCUGACCUUCUUGGAGUACGACGGGAACCUGCUGCGCCGGGAGCUGUUCGGCUGUCCCAGCGAGGCUGACCACAACAGUGAGAAUCUCCAGAAGACUUUGAUGGAGCUGGAUGAAGAUGAUCCGUGCUACGAAUUCCGGCGGGAGCGCUUCACCGUUCACCGAACUCAUCUGUACUUUCUGCACUACGAGUACGAGCCCAGCUCUGAUGGCACUGAUGUCACUCUGGUGGCUCAGCUGUCUAUGGACAGGCUCCAGAUGUUAGAGGCCAUUUGUAAGCACUGGGAGGGGCCGAUCAGCCUGGCUUUGUACCUGUCGGAUGCUGAAGCACAGCAGUUCCUGAGGUAUGCUCAGGGGUCAGAGGUGCUGAUGAGUCGGGGGAACGUGGGCUACCACAUCGUCUACAAGGAGGGGCAGUUUUACCCUGUAAACCUGCUGCGGAACGUGGCUAUGCGGCAGGUCCACACCCCCUACAUGUUUCUGUCCGACAUCGACUUCCUGCCCAUGUACGGCCUCUACGAGUACCUGAGGAAGUCUGUAGUUCAGCUGGACAUGGCCAACACCAAGAAAGCUUUGGUGGUUCCAGCCUUCGAGACGCUGCGGUACCGCCUGUCCUUCCCCAAGUCCAAAGCCGAGCUACUGUCCCAACUGGACAUGGGGACACUCUUCACCUUCAGAUACCACGUUUGGACUAAAGGCCACGCACCAACCAACUUUGCCAAAUGGCGGACAGCCACCAUGCCCUACAGGGUGCAGUGGGAGCCCGACUUUGAGCCCUACGUCAUGGUGAGAAGGGACAGUCCGGAGUAUGACCGGCGCUUCGUGGGUUUUGGUUGGAAUAAGGUGGCUCACAUCAUGGAGCUGGACGCUCAGGAGUACGACUUUGUGGUUCUGCCCAACGCCUACAUGAUCCACAUGCCCCACGCCCCCAGCUUCGACAUCACCAAGUUCCGCUCCAACAAGCAGUACCGGGUCUGCCUGAAGACCCUGAAGGAGGAGUUCCAGCAGAACAUGUCGCGGCGCUUCGGCUUCGCCGCCCUCAAGUACAUGACGGCCGACAACAACAGCUAGCCUCCGCUGCACCCCUUCACACCCCCACUGGACCAGUGACACGGUCCAUACACGGGGGGAAGGGUGCCAGGACUGGGGGCUCAGACGCAGAACUUUGACCUUAAGCCCGAGUCUGUGAAUCCCCCCCGCACACGGACAAGGAGAUCCGGGCAGGGGGCGGGCUGGAAAUGUGAGAAACCUCCUGUUCAUGCAGCCUCCCACCCCCACACAGGUUUGGUCAGGACGAUGCUGACUUUCAGAGGAGCUGCUGAGCAUCCCGUUGUCAUGACAAUGCAGACUGAUGGACAUGCAGUGAUGUCAGAGGAGACGGAAAGGGGCGUCACCCCUGAGUGCCUCUAACUCCGCCCAUUCAGUCCUCCGGUUGGGGGCAUGAAUUAAAGGGAAUUGUGUGGAGCGACAAA